AAUUGGUAUUCUUGGUGAGCAGCUCCAUAUAUUUCUCCCAACCCCAAGGGGUAGAGCAUGGCUGGGGGUGGAGGAGGAGGCAGAUCCUUGGAGGAGACACCGACAUGGGCCGUCGCUGUGGUUUGCUUCGUCCUGGUUAUCGUCUCCAUCAUCAUCGAGCAUUUCAUCCACCUCAUCGGCAAGUGGUUGACGAAGCGUCACAAGCGGGCACUCUACGAGGCUCUAGAGAAGAUCAAAUCCGAGCUGAUGCUGCUGGGAUUCAUAUCCUUGCUCUUGACCGUUGUCCAAGGCCUCAUAUCCAAGAUAUGUGUGCCCAAAAGCGUGGGCGAUUCAUGGCACCCAUGUAGACCAGAAGAAGAGGCUUCCAUCACCGGCAAGGACGAUGAUGAUGGUACCACCGGCCGGAGACUGCUGUAUACUGAAUCAUCUUCCAUUGUCCGACGCAUUUUAGCUGGAGGAGGGGGGACUGACAAGUGCGCAGCCGAGGGUAAAGAUCCAUUCAUUUCCUCCGUUGGCAUCAACCAGCUCCACAUGUUUAUCUUUGUCUUGGCCGUCUUCCAUGUCCUCUACUGCAUAAGCACAAUGGCUUUAGGCAAACUAAAGAUGAGACGCUGGAAAGCCUGGGAAUUGGAAACCAAAACCGUUGAAUACCAAUUUUCGCAUGAUCCUGACAGGUUUAGACUUGCAAGAGAUACAUCUUUCGGUCGUCGGCAUUUAAGCUUCUGGAGCAAAUCACCCAUUCUCAUUUGGAUUGUAUGCUUCUUCAGACAGUUUCUGAGAUCAGUUCCUAAAGUUGACUACUUGACGCUACGACAUGGCUUCAUCAUGGCUCAUUUGGCUCCCCAAAGCUCGAUGAAGUUUAACUUUCAGAAAUAUAUCAAGAGAUCACUUGAAGAAGAUUUCAAAGUUGUUGUUCAGAUAAGCCCAACAAUAUGGUUCUUUGCAGUACUCUUUCUACUGUUCAACACUCACGACUGGAACUCAUAUCUGUGGCUACCAUUCAUCCCUUUACUUGCAAUCCUCCUAGUGGGAACAAAACUUCAGGUGAUAAUAACAAAGAUGGCUGUACGUAUCAUGGAGCGUGGAGAUGUCGUGAAGGGAAUCCCUGUCGUCCAUCCCACAGAUGAUCUCUUCUGGUUCAACCGUCCUCGCCUCCUACUAUUUCUCAUUCACUUUGUCCUUUUUCAGAAUGCAUUUCAACUUGCGUUUUUUGCAUGGAGCUGGUUAGAAUUUGGCUUCCCUUCAUGCUUCCACAAGCGUAUAGAAGAUAUCAUCAUCAGAAUCUCCAUGGGUGUCCUCAUCCAGGUAUUAUGUAGCUAUGUCACACUACCUCUGUAUGCACUCGUAACGCAGAUGGGGUCCAACAUGAAGCCUACCAUCUUCAGUGAUAGAGUGGCAACUGCUCUAAGGAAAUGGCAUGAGACAGCAAGAAAGCACUUAAAAGAGAACCGACGGUCUACCAGUGCGACACCUUUGUCGACAAGCAGGCCAGCAACUCCAACCCAUGGCUUAUCACCAGUACCCUUCUUACGACGCUAUAGGAGUGAGGUGGACAGCCUCCAAGCUUCCCCGAGGCGACAUACUACUGAUGAUGAACACUUUGAUCAAGAAGGGACGCAAUCACCAUCCGACCACACAAUCGGUGGGUCUUCUUUCCACCACAUGCAACAAGGACAAGAGGGAGGAGGAAGAGAAGUGCAAGAAUUGGGUGAUAUAACAGAACUGCCGCACGAUCUUGAUUCUAACCAAGGAGCGAGUCUUUCUAUUGACUUCUCAUUUGAUAAGAGACAGAGAUGAUCGCUGAGUAGCUCUCACGUGGUGCAGCUUUAGAGGUCAUUUCAACCAUGCAUCAUGAUAAAUGAUUAAUCUUAGUUUCACCAGAGUCGUGAGAACAAUGAUCGGGUUAAUCAAUGUAUACACAGUACUUUUAGCUUUUUUUUUUUUUGGGGGUGAGAAGACACUGUGCUUUUGGUUUUUCGCAACAGUUUUGGUAGGAAGAUGUUUCCAUUCAUGGUGUAUAUUGUCAUCAACAAUGAUGCAAAGACAUGGGAUGUCAUGACCCCAACCCGUUGUUUGGGUCUCUGAACGGAAGCAUUAUCAAAGCUAAAGUUAUGAUCA